AUGAGUGCUGGUAAAAGGAAAUUCACUCAGCAUAUUAUUCCAAACCCCCAGCCAUUUAAGUCAAGGGAACAUAAUUCAUUAGAGGAGAAUGGCUUGCCGGAUCAGUGGUGUUCAUCAACCGUUAUGCCGAUUGAUUAUGAGGAGUACAUCACGAAAAAUAAAACCCUUAUAGUCAACGAUCUGUAUCGUGAAACCAUACUGUUUCCUCAGGAUGACCUGAAAAUUAUCCGCAUUCCUCAUAGACAUCAGAUGCUUAACAAUGGUGUUCCUGAAGUCGCACUAAAAAACAGUGUGUUUGUUUCGAACCCAUUGGCUCGUCAUGCAAUCGCUUUUUUUGCAACUACGGAAUGGAUUUAUGUCCAGCAAGUUUCUUCUGCUUAUCGUGGGAGUUUUCAUGUGCUUCCGUUUCUGAGUGAUAUCAAUGAGUUAGGUGGAACUUUGUCUCAAUACUGGUUUUCAAUUGAUCAGUCAAUUGCUGCCAAUAAAGAUAGUCCUAAUCAUAUCGCAGACUCUGUUCAUUUGCCAAAUUCAGCUGGAUCAAAAUCACGAGCAUCUAAGGAAUUACAAGUCCGUAGUCGCCGGUCAACUACUACGGGUGGUGGUUUUGUAAAAAGCAAUCAAACCAUUGGUGAAGUUUCCGCCACUGGACUAGUGAACCGAUUUACAGGCAGUUAUCAAUCUAAAGAUCAAGUGAAAUAUGAAAAAGUCAGCUGUGAUAGUGUAUUAUCCAGACGAGGCAGCAAAACAAAGGAUCAAACACAGUCUGAUGACGAAGCACUUGUGGAUAACAACAAUCGUAACAGUGAAAACAUAUCAAGUAUGAGUUGUGAUGGCCGACUGUCUGAAAGUGGAAAAUCAUCACAGUCCAUCUAUUUAGAAUGUCAACUAGUUAUAUGUAAUCGUGAAAAAUAUCAGAAUUAUUUACGUGUUCUUGAAGGAUUACUUUCUUCUGGGAGUGGUGAUAAAUACACUGCCACUGCUAAUACUACUAAUAAUAAUAUCACCAAUAAUAAUAACAAUAAUAAUAAUACAAAGUCAAUAUUUGAAAAACACGAAAUGAAGUGUUAUUGUUUAAGACAAAUACAAAUUGAGGAAUUAUCUGAAAGUGAUAGACAGAGGCACUUAUCGAGGACUACUAGCAGGACACAAAAUAUAUCAGUUGGUCUACAUGUUAUAGCACCUUAUGAUUGGCGUGCCUCAAAUAUAUAUUCCUCUCAUGAAGAUCAUAAUGUUAUUUAUCUAGAUACAAUUGAUUCAGUACGUUCAAUUGGCGAUUAUUGGAUACGUUUAGAAAGGUUAUUACCGUCUGCAUCCUCCUCCUCCUCACCGUCAUCUGCUCAACUGUCUAGUAACAAAGCAAAAGAUGAAAUAUCAACAUCCAAUGGUUUACUAAAUGAUGAAAUAUUCAUUUAUUUCGAUCCGACAAUGAAUGAUGCCGUAGAAAAACGUCAGACAUGGUUAAAUACAAUCGAGUUAGCUUUGAAAUUAGAAAGUUAUAAACGACAUAUGGGAUAUCAUCAUCAUCAACAACAUCCUCAUUUUUCUGCUGAUAAUAUAGAUGCAAGCGGGAGUAAAUUCGACUUAUUCAAAAGAUCUAAUAAUGCCGAUUCAGUGCGUAGUGCUUUACAACGGUAUGCUCAGGAAACUGAAUUGUUUGUGAUACGUCAACGUCAGAAAGGACGAAUAAAAUUGGUAACGCUUUUUCCAGAUGUGAGAAUACGACAGUAUAAAGGGAAAAAUUUAACACGUGAACAUGUUGGAAAUAGUUUAACUCAGGUGAAUUCAAAGGAUGCUUUAUCACCCUUUCCUGAUCGGACGGCGGAAUUGUGCAGUCGACGAUUUUUGGCAACAUGCUUAAAUCUACAUUCAAAAAUUCGGGCCAAUAUAGAUGUAUCGGGUAGUACAUCUGCUUAUAUUGAAAAUCCUGAACCAUAUUUCGUCACCAUGUUUCUAGUGGAUGUGAACGAUGGAUGUCGUGUUAGUGAAGAUUUUUAUUGGAAUCCGAAUUCGCCCAUCAUUGAUUCUAUGCUGCCUUCUGAUCAAUUCAGAUCCUUACCAUGGUUAUCAUCAUCAUCAUCAAAUAACACAGUGUCUGAUAUAAAAAACCAAUCGACUGAUAUCAAUGAUGCGAAUUCAUUAAAUCAUAAUUCAUCUAGCCCACACCAUAAUACAACACCUGGUCGAAUACGUGGACAUGCACCACCUCCACCACAGAAUAAUUUAAUUUCACCAUAUGGUACACAGAAUUCGAUUUCUUUGGAUUGUUUGCACAAAUGUCGUUCAGCAUUAUUUUCAAUUCCAUCAUCUUAUCAUGCUAACAGCCUUUAUUUAGUUGUACGUGUUGACAAAGUGCUCAGUGGACCAAUAACUACAGCAGUAGAAAAAUAUCUGAAAAAUACUUCUGGCACAAAUAUGAAUGACUAUAAAACUGGAUCAAGUAUACAAAAAACAAUGGUGAAUUAUUGUCGAAAUAUCGGUCGAUAUCGUAUGCCAUUUGCAUGGGGUGCAAGGUCGCUUAACAGUUCAAAUCGUUUUCUCCAUCUAUUCAAAAUGGAUUCAAACAAAAUAUCUGAACAGGGAUUAAUUCAAGCAGUUCAGAUGCUGUCACGUUUAUCGUCUGAUUAUAAUAAUUCACCGCCAGUAUAUGACGAUAGCAAUGCAAAUCUAACAAAUAAUGAUACCACUGCUACUACUAAUGCUACUGCUCAUAAUAAUAUCAUCAGUAAUACAGUUGAUUCGAAUCAUCAUUAUAAUAUCCCAGAGUCUUUAAUUCAAUCAGUUAAAUCAUCAAAAACUAUUGGACGUAAUAUUAUUACAAACACUAAUACUGAUAAUACACUCUAUCCAACAGAACAAGAUCGUCUAUUCAUUGACAUAGUUGAACGUUCCUUGAAAACUCAAAUGUUGCCUAUGCGUUUUGAAUUAAUUAUCAGUGAAUUAAUUGAUCAACAUAUAGAUCCUAAUGCAAAAAUGAUAUCACGUAUUAUCAGUUCAAAUCUUGAAACUUACAUACCAACAGUUGAUGUAACAAAUUAUUCAUUGAAUUGUUACAUACCAUCUAGUCAUCCAGUGUUAAUGUCAGAUGAAGUUAUACGUGAAGUUGAAAAUUUAUUUGAUUUCAAUUCUCCUUCUACGUCAUCAUCAGCAACAACGACGACGACAGUUACAGGUGUUUCAUCUCAUAAUGAUGAUUCAGGACUUACUUAUUCAGAUGAUACUAAUUCACUAUCCCGUACAGGAAGUCUUCAAAGAAGUUUUCUGAACAAUUCAUUAACUGGUAAAAGUAACAGAGAUUCUUUAAUGUCAAAUAUUAGUAUGGGAAGUUUACCCGGUACGCUUGUCUCUGCAUCUAAUGAUCUACCGAAAAUCAUCAACACCAGUGCAAUUCAAACUCGCACAAAUUCUCUAGAUCGAAUGGAGUAUGGUGUGCAAAGCGCACAGCAUAGUACAACUUCAAAGUUACUACCGUUCACUUCAUUCUUCAACACUCUUUAUGUGUGCCCGAAAUCAUUAAAUUUAUCUGUGAAACACAGUUUUCCAAGGGCACGUAAUCUAUCAUGUUUCAUUGAACUACGGUCAAAUGACAGUUUGGAUAGCUCAGCUGCUUUAAAGGUAUUCUAUACUCGUCCAAGUGUUCGUCAGCCAACCUUUGAUUCAUGGUUUAAUACAUCUGUCAUUUAUCAUGAUACAAAUCCAAACUUUGGUGACCAGGCGAAGAUUUGUCUACCGUUGAAUUUAACUCCAGAUCAUCAUCUACUAUUUCGUUUCUAUCAUGUAAGCUGUGAAACAGCAGCGACAAAUUUAACCGGUCAAAAAGAGAAAACCAGUAGUUAUAAAAAACCGGUUGAAUCUAGUACAGGCUAUUCAUGGAUUCCAAUACUUGGUACAUAUGGAAAUUUCAAUGUUGGUACAUUCCAACUUCGUGUAGCAUCAACUAUUCAACCGGGUUAUCUAAAGCAUUCAACUAUACAACAGAAUACUCGAAGUUCAAAUAGUCAAAAUGUCUCGGGGAAUGCUUUAUCAUUCAAUAUCAAUGGUUCCAGUAACACCAAUGCAAAUAAUAACAAUAAUAAUAAUUCAGUUGAUUUAACAUGGAUAGACAAUGGAAAGUUUUUGUUUAAAGUCGAUUUGAAACCGUUAUCUUCAAUCUACACUCAUGAUCCAGUAUUGUCAAAAUUCUUUCGUGUUUGUGGAGACCUAUUACCAAAAGUAUUAUAUAUGUCACCUUCAAAAGUGUUAAAUAUCAAUAAACAGAAGCAAAAUCGUGUCACCUUCGGUUAUGAUGUGGUAAUACCAUCAAAUUCUAAUUCUAAUCAACAACUAUCAUCAACAGCUUCUCCGCCGCAUUCAUCACCCUUAUCGACAAAGACGAAACAGACUGUCAAUAGUUCAAGUAUCCUGCAAAAUACUACAUCAAUAAAUCUACACUUAUGCAAUGCAAUGAAAGCUUUACUCUUGAUUACUCCAACUGCUUUAGUACAAUUUUUACCAGUUAUCUUGAAUCAAUUUAUGGAGAUUAUUAUUCUAAGUGCUGAGACAAGUGCUAGAUGGUUUAAUGCUGGACAACGGGAACAACAGCAACAGCAACAAGAAGAGGGAGAACAACAACAGUCUUCAAUGCCAUCAUCAAAUUCAACUCAUGAGAACACAGAAUAUUCUUGGUUUAAAAGUUUAAAAAACAAUCGCAAUAAUAAUAUUAUCAUUGCCAAUGACCAUCAUCAUCAUAAUAACUAUGGUGUCAAUGAUAUUCAUAAUAAUAACAAUAAUAAUAAUAUAAGUAACAAUUCUAGUAAUAGUACACCAGAUGAUGUGUUGAAAACAGCUGUUAGUACUCUGGCAAUCCUUAUUUCUGAAUUGAAUGCUCAAAUUCCAAAUGACACAUCAUACUAUCCAUUGAAGUCAACGAAUGAUCUAUCCUGUUCUGAUGGUCUAGUUGAAUCGAAUACAUCAGCUUGCAGUGAUCGUUUGAAGCAUAAUUUAUUAAAAACUUAUGUUGAGUUUGCAUUUAACCCGGAUCAAUUAUUGACAACAUGUAUCAAUCAUUAUUUGAAUGAUAAGGAACAAAGUAUUACAGACACGAAAAAUGUAGUCAUUGACAGUAGAACCAAUGUGGCAACGCCGCUGAUGACAGCAUCAUCAUCACCUUCAAGAAAAUCAAUAGUUAAUCAAUACUUUCCUCUAUCCUCUCUGCAUCAUUCCAUAAUACGUGGUUUAAUUCUAGUCCUGUGGGAUACACAUUGUCCUGGACAUAUAUUAACCCAUUUAUUUGAUAAUAUAUGGUUUUCGCUAGCAUUAAUUGUCAAAUCAAUGACACAAUAUUUAUGUAUAAGUAAAAAGAUAUGGGCUGAAAGGUCUGGUGACUCACGUUUUUCAUCGUUAUUCUGUGAAGAUCUGACUAUAUUCAUUCAACUGAUUGGCUCACGUUUAUUAUCCUCUUUUGGUAAUACAACACCAUUACGCAAUCCUUUAAAUAAAAAUAAUGAUUGUUCAGCAAUGCCAUUGUCAGCUACUACUGGUGGUGGUUCCACUCAUACCACCACUCCACUAUGCAUAAUAUCAUCAAGUGGACAGCUGUUAAAAACGGAGUCAUCAGUUUCACUGAGUACUUCACAGACAAGUAAAUGCACCAGUGUCAGUGAGUCGGUAGCACCGAAAAAUUCACUCGGAGAGUCAGUCAACAGACAAAGUCUGCUUACAAAACAUACCAGUAAUGAUGUUUUCAAUUUUAAUCGAAUUGAUGUCAUUAAUGCAAUGGGAAAAUUUUUAGGACAUUUAUUCAAUUUAAUGGAUCGAGGAUAUGUAUUGAAACGUGUUCGUGAUCUACUAACAUUUCUUGAAAUCUCACCAAGAAUGCCUGUUGAUAAAAUUGAUCAAUUGAAUGAGUUACGUUUUGAAUUGUUACGUAGUAUCUGUGAACAUGAACAUUUUAUCCCGUUGAAUUUACCAAUGUUAAAUAUAUCAGAUGGAUCAAAUUUAGGUGUUGAAAUUUCUCUGACUGAUCAAUUCUGUCAACAACACUUUUUGAUUGGAGUUCUGUUAAGUCAACUUAGCUGUCUGCUAUCCGGUUGUAUAAAUACUGGCAGUUGGGCGCUACUUAGGUCAACAUCACAAUGCUAUCGACAACCGGUUAUCAUUUUGCGUAAUUUAUUAAUUAAGCAUUGUCUGGAUCCACGUUAUCAUAGUUCUAAAGCAAUUCAAGCAAGAAUUUGUUCAUUGUAUCUACCAUUAGUUCGUUUAAUGUUGGAUUAUUACGAUUCACUUGGACCUCCAGGUGGUGCUCUUCAAACAGCAGUUAUUGCAGCUGCUGCACGUCGAGAUUAUGAAGAGUCUUUAUUAAUUACUGAUGGAAAUAGUAAUUCGGGUACAUUCUCUCGUCGUCAUCAACGUUCUUUUGAUAAGUCGAAUAAAACUGGUAAAUCUAAUGUAUUCCCCAAUAGUAGUACUACUAAUACAAUGAGUAAUAGUACUAUCUCUCAUAGACCACAAAGUAUGAUUAGUGAUUAUUCACUAGAAGCAUUGAACAACUGUGAAGGGAAUCUGCAGAUAACAAAUUCUGACAGUGGAUCGUUUACUUCAUCAUUAUCAACAAACAGUGGAAGUACUGUAUCCUUUAUCCAAUCAAUAUCAAAUUCAGGUUUUAGUCAUGGAAAGUCGUCUCCAUCCAACACUAGUGAUGGUCAGUCAACUGCUUCAGCCAAUUCUGCUGCUUAUCUAACUAAAGAUGGCAAAGUUCAACAGCAUAUUUUAGAUCAAAUAGCCGGUGUUAAUCGAGGUGGUUCUCUUCAACAACGUAUUCACAAGAGUAAUCGUCUACAGGGCCAGAGCAAUUCUUCAAUAUUACCGCCAUCGGCAACAUCAUCAACAGGAAUAGGAAUGGAAGAGAUGCCUCCACAUAAUGAUAAUAAUAAUAAUAAUAAAUAUCCACGUUCACAUUCUAUCCAGUCUGUAGAUGGUUCACAGAAUAGUUUUCUUCUCUCCAGUCAUGCGAGUAGUAGUACGCUUACACUGACUGGUGUAGGUAUGGAGAAUAAUAAUAACAACAAUAAUAAUAUUAUGUUGAAUGGAGGCAUGAACACUCUAGACGAUGAAUACCUUCAUAAUGAUAUAAUGCAGUAUAAAAAUGGUGAAAAUUACAAAAAUCAUCAUCAUCAAGAAUUAUCACCGACAUCAUCAGCUUUAGACAUGAAUUUACAAAAUUCAGAUCAAGAUUGGGCCAAACAGGUUCUCACACUGGCUGGUGUCUAUCCGGAUCGUGUGAAUGAUGCAAAAUCGACAAGUUCUGAUAGUCAAGAUUCUGUGUCUACACCUGUCGCAGGAAUGCCUUUGGGAAUAAAUAUCUCAGAUAUUGAACAUUCUGGAGAACAUGAUGAAAAUUUAAUCUCUGAUACUCCUGCAAGCCAUCAUCAUCAUCAUCAUGCUCGAGAUAGUCAUCGUCUUCUCUCUCAUCCUUAUAAUCAUCGAUUCAACUUCCAGAGAAUAUUUAUACCCGACCUUCUAUUGACUAAAGAGCCAAUUAUUCGACCGCAUAUUCAUCGUCGUCCAUGUGAUCAAAAUAUUUCAGGUCCACGUCGUUUAACAGACAAUUGUCAAAGAGAUUUGUACAUAUGCCUUCUACACAUCCUGUCGACAAUCACAGUGACACAUUUGAAGGCAUUACUGCAGAGUUUCACUGUACAAGAAAGGCUAAGAUUCCUAAAUAUACUGAAGUUUGCUAUUCAACACCUACGUUAUCGUGGAAAGCAUUGUAUACAACAAUACGAACAUAUAAGUCGUAGUGGUGUUGGCCGAACUGGUGGUAUUGGUGGUGGUAAUCUGCUCAAUAUCAGCAAUACAUUAGCUGGGAAUACUGUUGCCGCUGCUGCUGCUGCUCGUAGAAGAACUACUCCUGUAGGUAAAAGUCUACAGAAUGAUUCAUCUAAGCAGAAUUCUCAUGAUUUCUCUGGACAGACUGCAGAGGAUAUUCCAAAAAUGAAGGUGCUAUUGAAAGCUAAUUUGGCAACUGAAUCAAGUAUGAUUAUAUUAGAUAUUCUGAGUACAUUCGCAACAGUUUUUAAAUCAGAGUUGAAUAGUUGUAAACCCAAUGAUCCAGUAUUUCGGUGCUUACUUGAAACUUAUGUCGCUAUUCUAUCGAACAAUCCAUCCGAUCAUGUUAUACGACAUACAUUCUCUGCUCUACGUGUAUUUAUCAAUCAAAAUUCUCAAACCUUAUUCUCCGAAUCGACAGAUAUUCUGAGUACACUGUGUCUAGCUGGUUUACGAUGUUCUAAUCAAUGUUUUCUAGCCUUCUCAUCAUCACAUCAUCAACUCUGCCUUCGUCGUCAUUGUCAACAACUGCAAAUCUCUUAG